AUGGACACGGAUCCUUCAACGCAUUGGAAUGCUCUUUUUGACAGCUUCAAACCCCAUAUUCCGUCCAUUGAUUCGGAUUCUUCAUCAGUGAGUUUGAUUUACUGCACUUAGCUAACGUUAGCUAGCUAACAACAAGUGCAGUAGUAAGACAACGUUAGCUAGCUGGCCCUAUGAAAAGCCCUUAAUUUGGAUGAACUUUGCUACUUACUUGCUAUUCUACUAGCGUUGUGUUUAUUUGUUUUUGAAUUGUAUUUGCCAGAGUAAAUCUAGCUAAAUGUAUCAAACGUUAGCUGAAUUGAGUCUAAUCUUACUCUUCAGUCCGAAAAUGAAGAGGACAUACCCAUCUUUCGCCGACCAGUAGCCCUUCUUCCUAAACACACAGAGGGCCUAGAGUGCCUGUCAUUGGAGGACUCUGAAAUAGAGGUAAGUAGCUAGCUAGCUGAGCAAGUUUACAACUAUUGAUGACGAGUCCUUGACAAGGUUACUGUGUGUGUGUAUCCCAAACAGGAGCUGCUAAUAUCUGUGGCACAGCCACAACUGUGUUGGACAGAGGAGACCCUUUGCCCUCAUAGAGAGCCUACAACUGAAACCCAUGGAGCUUAUCAAGCCACCGAUUUAGCCCAGCAGGGCACACACCAGGAGCCCAGCCCCAUAGGUAAUAAGGUAAAUGAGAUAUGCAGCCACGACUCUAUUAGAAAUGCAGCUCAGGCAGGAGGCCAUCCAUGCAGCAUCAUUCCUGUGGAGAUGAAAGGGGACACCUCAGCGCACCAUAGCCAUGGCACACUAAACAGACAAAAAACAACUGAGUCCACAUCGCCACACCCUUCACAUAACGCGGCUUGUGAAGAAAACACAUUGGAGUCACUCAAUGCUUUGAGAAAGACACAGAGAACUGAACCAAAUGGCUCUAUGAAAAAGCCACUACAAAAUAGUAAAACGGUUUUGUCUUUUGAGGUGAGUUUAAGUUUGCUAUUAUAAAUAGGCAAUUUUACCAUGAGAAGGUACUACAUAAUAACUAAUUUAUUUGUUCACCUCUGGUCAUUUUCAUUCUGCAGUUAGAUAGAUACUGAUCAAGUUUUAUGUCCUACAAAUCCGUGCCUUUGUGUUUUUACCAGCCACUGGAGCACUGGGAUCUGGACCAGAUUCUUCUGACUCUUCAAACAGAUAGGCUCUUUUUAGGAAGCAGUGUGUCAGAUGAACCUAUGGAAGUACAACCAGGUAGACAAUAGGGUAACUCUACGGUAUCACUGAUAUAGCUACUGCUGAAACCAUUAUGAACCUAGCAUGUCAUUCACACUCAAUGCUAUUAUCAUAAUGAUAUAAUCAAUUCAUUCUCAAUUUGGUCACAGAUGGAGACAAUGUAAGGUCACAGGAUAAUAUAUUGGAGAGGCUGGCUGCUUUCUGCAGGACAGAAAGCAGUCUGCUUCACAGAUGAUGAAGAUAAAAUAAAAACUGCACCAGAUAAAACUUCUGGUGGGCCUCAGAAAGCACCUGUCCAACAUCCUACCGAUUUCAGGUAAAAUAUAUGAUAAAGUUGUGUGGGUUUCACGAGUAUGAAUAAUGUCAUGAGUUAACAUGAACGUUUUGUUUACUGUCCAGACAAAAUGGUGGAUGGAGAAAGUAUUUCAAAAGGAUGGCAUUUGAGUUGCAGCCAAGCCGUCAGGAAGUGCCCACUGUUUAUAUUGAUUUGCGUAACCCUGAGCCUCCCACGAAAACAACCAGACCAUGCAACAGCACUUCAUCACAAUCCAUGAAACUGACCAACCCUAACCUACACGACGAAAACCCAUCUGAUGAGAAAACAGACAGUAAUAUACGGUCUGGAUUAGUGAAUGGAAAAGAGUAAAUAUUGCCUUGAAUAACAGACCCACUGUAAAGCUCAAAACAUUAUUACAUAGCUUUGUAAAUAUACUAUAAUGGCUCUGUGGCUGUGAACUAUGAAUUCAGUUUAACUCCUUCAUGAGUUCAUGUUGGUGUUUUUUCUUCUCCCAGGGAAGUAACUGGAAAGAGCCUGUUACUCAGAAUGUUACGCGAGGUGAACAGAAACAGGAGUGAGCCAGACAGGAAAGAUCCAGUUCCAGCAGAUUCUACAUGCAGAACCCCCAGAAGAGUGGCCUUGAAGGACAAGCUAACUGAGGCUAACAAUGAGAAAACAUCUCUGCUUCCAGAGGUGGACAACCAAACCACAUCUCUCACAAUGCAGCAUGACCAAAACAGGCUGCCAGUUGAGAGAACACCUGCUAUUCAGCAGAGUGCUACUACCGGGCAGCCAAAGAAACAAAGGUAGAUAAGAUAUUCAUUUUAGGGGAUUUGGGGACUUUGUCUCAUAUACUGUAUCUUAAAUUUUAGUCACAGUAGCUGACACAGGAGGUUGGUGGCACCUUAAUUGGGGAGGAUGGGCUCAUGCUAAAGGCUGGAGUGGAAUGGUAUCAAAUACUGUACAUCAAACACAUGGUUUGAUGCUAUUCCAUUCGCUCCGUUCCAGACAUUCUUUUGAGCCGUCCUCCCCUCAGCAGCCUCCACUGAUGGCUGAACACCUGUUUUGUGACCUGUCAGUGACCAAGAGCAGAGAGAGCAACAGAAACAGAGAGCAGCAGCUCCAGAAACAUCUGGAAAGCUUUAGACCAACCAGGUCUGCAGGAGACAGGGAGCCUGCCGCUGAGAAGACUGAUGUUCUUUAUGACACUGUAAGUUCAUCUGGAACAGACAGACUCAGUGCUCCCAAAUCAAUAGAUUUCCACUCCAUCUUCUUUGUCAUUUUCAUCCCCCAGUGCCAUUUGAUAAAUUGAGAGGUACACCUACAUAUUUCAUAUUUUUUGUUCUUUUUUCAUCAGGAGGCCUCUCACCUACAGUCAGUUAACACUCUGCCUGCUGAUAUGGAGGAUAAGGAGUGCUUGCUGCUGACUGUAUGCCUCUCCAGUCCAGGCCUGGUAGCCAGCAGCGGUCAUCAUUGGAAAGCACCAACAGUGGAGUCAGCCACAACCAAAUCCCAUAUAUACAAUGCUCUGGUUGCUUGGUUUCUGUCUUUGGUGAAUAUUUAUUUGACUAGUUCUUGUCAAGAUCAUUGAACUGAGAUCAUCUGAUUAGUUUUACUCUGUUUGUGAUGGAGUUCAUAUUUUACUGAGGCCUCUAACUUGUGUUUGGUAGGUUGGAGCACCAGGUCCUCAAGGUGGUGAUGACAGGGGUGCUGUACCCUUCUGGGUGGCUGGCCUACAGCAGCUGUGGACAGAGGAUGGGCUGGCUCUACACAUCUGUGCUGUGUCCCAUGGAGAGAGCCUACAACUUGGCCGACAACCCCGGGUUGAUGAAUGCACAUAGAGAUCCUUUUAAAUUCCUUAUUAUUAGUAGUAGUAUUCAAAUUCCUAAUUCUAUGUGAAUGCACCCAAACAGUUCCUCUGUUCCUCCACCACCUUUUCUGUAAUUAAGUGAUUUUCCUUCCUCCAACACCUGCAGACACGCUGCCGGUGUUCCAGCAGCGUGUCUGCAGGUUCCUCUCUCAGACCUCCCUCAGCGCCAUCACCCAUUGGCUGCCACAGCUCAGGAGCCUAUUAGACCAACAGGCCUAUCCCCCAACCGUCCACAUACCUGCCUCCUGCCUGGACAGCUUUAUCUCUGUCAACUCAGACAAAAUGGUAGGUAGUAGGUACAGGUGAAUGCUUAGAAUCUGAGAUUGACUUAAUGAUGUGGAAGUGUUCCCUGUAAUGUGCUGUAUCUUUGCCCUGUGUCUCAGGCUGUGAAGAGGACCUUUGGUCUGAACCCAGGCUUCUACUGGCAGACUGUGGAGACUCAGGAACUCGGUUGUCAGAGGCCUGAGACCAUGUGCACUCAGCAGCUACACACAGAGGUAAGAACAUCUUAAGUUGUGGUAUGUCUCAGCUGUUCCAAAGCUCCUUGGUAUCAUCUAACCUCAGUGUUAAUACCCCAUGAUCAUGACUGUUGGUAUAGAAUGAGGAAAUCAAGCAUACCGUUUUUUUCUUCUUCUUCUCACAGAUAGCUGUUACUCUGGGAUACAUGUCUUUGUUCCUGCAUCCCCUGGUGGUUCACCACACCCUCCAGCUUCUCCUCAACUCAGGCCUGGAUGUGUGUGGCCUCCGCCUCCUUUACCCUCCUCCUGGCCUUCUGACCAACAGCACCGGUAAAACUUAUGUCAACAAAUAAACUUAUAUUCUGUUAUAUUCUUAUCUAGUCUGCAGAUCUUCAGUGGCCUAGACUGGAAUUAUUCAGUAAGUUAUAGUAAGUCUGUCUCUGAUUCAGGCAGGGUAUCCUACGGGGAGGGAGAUGAUGGGGCCGAUCGGCCCGUCCUUGCCCUAGCUGUCCGAGGGCCUCACGCCCGCACCGUGUGGCAGGAUGUAACAGGCCCUUCAGACCCCCUGCUGGCUAGGAAGACAGACCCAGCAUCCAUCAACGCCCUGCACUGCAGCAGCAAGAACUUGACCCUCCUCUACUCCCCUCGCCUGGCCAGCAGAGUGCACAGGGAACUGGUCACGUGGUUCGCAAGGACAGUUCCAGGAGAUAACUCCCAGAACCCUGACCAGGCUCCAACUGACAGGUGUGUUUGUAGUCCAGAGCCAUCAUGAUGUCCCACAACCAUCACUUAAACAUUACAAAUAGAAAAACAAACAUAUCACCACUAAUAAUAAUAAUUUAUUUAACUUUUAUAGCGCUAUACCUUACAUAAAUAAUCUCAAAGCGUUGUAAAGCAACAACAACAUUUUCUUUUUUUUAAACAACAUUAUUAAUCAUCAUUAGUAGAUGGACGGUCAAGAGACUGAAGGUUUACUAAGUAAACAUUGAUUGAUACAUUUGUAUCUGUUAUAAAAAAAAAAUCAUCUUAUUGGGCUAUAUACAGUGGGGAGAACAAAUAUUUGAUACACUGCCGAUUUUGCAGGUUUUCCUACUUAUAAAGCAUGUAGAGGUCUGUAAUUUUUUUCAUAGGUACACUUCAACUGUGAGAGACGGAAUCUAAAACAACAAUCCAGAAAAUCACAUUGUAUGAUUUUUAAGUAAUUAAUUUGCAUUUUAUUGCAUGACAUAAGUAUUUGAUCACCUACCAACCAGUAAGAAUUCCGGCUCUCACAGACCUGUUAGUUUUUCUUUAAGAAGCACUUCUGUUCUCCACUCAUUACCUGUAUUAACUGCACCUGUUUGAACUCGUUACCUGUAUAAUAGACACCUGUCCACACACUCAAUCAAACAGACUCCAACCUCUCCACAAUGGCCAAGACCAGAGAGCUGUGUAAGGACAUCAGGGAUACAAUUGUAGACCUGCACAAGGCUGGGAUGGGCUACAGGACAAUUGUCAAGCAGCUUGGUGAGAAGGCAACAACUGUUGGCGCAAUUAUUAGAAAAUGGAAGAAGUUCAAGAUGACGGUCAAUCAUCCUCGGUCUGGGGCUCCAUGCAAGAUCUCACCUCGUGGGGCAUCAAUGAUCAUGAGGAAGGUGAGGGAUCAGCCCAGAACUACACGGCAGGACCUGGUCAAUGACCUGAAGAGAGCUGGGACCACAGUCUCAAAGAAAACCAUUAGUAACACACUACGCCGUCAUGGAUUAAAAUCCUGCAGCGCACGCAAGGUCCCCCUGCUCAAGCCAGCUCAUGUCCAGGCCCGUCUGAAGUUUGCCAAUGACCAUCUGGAUGAUCCAGAGGAAUGGGAGAAGGUCAUGUGGUCUGAUGAGACAAAAAUAGAGCUUUUUGGUCUAAACUCCUCUCGCCGUGUUUGGAGGAAGAAGAAGGAUGAGUACAACCCCAAGAACACCAUCCUAACCGUGAAGCAUGGAGGUGGAAACAUCAUUCUUUGGGGAUGCUUUUCUGCAAAGGGGACAGGACGACUGCACCGUAUUGAGGGGAGGAUGGAUGGGGCCAUGUAUUGCGAGAUCUUGGCCAACAACCUCCUUCCCUCAGUAAGAGCAUUGAAAGAUGGGUCGUGGCUGGGUCUUCCAGCAUGACAACGACCCGAAACACACAGCCAGGGCAACUAAGGAGUGGCUCCGUAAGAAGCAUCUCAAGGUCCUGGAGUGGCCUAGCCAGUCUCCAGACCUGAACCCAAUAGAAAAUCUUUGGAGGGAGCUGAAAGUCCGUAUUGCCCAGCGACAGCCUCGAAACCUGUCAAUCACAUUUGUAUGAUUUUUAAGUAAUUAAUUUGCAUUUUAUUGCAAGACAUAAGUAUUUGAUACAUCAGAAAAGCAGAACUUAAUAUUUGGUACAGAAACCUUUGUUUGCAAUUACAGAGAUCAUACGUUUCCUGUAGGUCUUGACCAGGUUUGCACACACUGCAGCAGGGAUUUUGGCUCACUCCUCCAUACAGACCUUCUCCAGAUCCUUCAGGUUUCGGGGCUGGGCAAUACCGACUUUCAGCUCCCUCCAAAGAUUUUCUAUUGGGUUCAGGUCUGGAGACUGUCUAGGCCACUCCAGGACCUUGAGAUGCUUCUUACGGAGCCACUCCUUAGUUGCCCUGGCUGUGUGUUUCGGGUCGUUGUCAUGCUGGAAGACCCAGCCACGACCCAUCUUCAAUGCACUUACUGAGGGAAGGAGGUUGUUGGCCAAGAUCUCGCGAUACAUGGCCCCAUCCAUCCUCCCCUCAAUACGGUGCAGUCGUCCUGUCCCCUUUGCAGAAAAGCAUCCCCAAAGAAUGAUGUUUCCACCUCCAUGCUUCACGGUUGGGAUGGUGUUCUUGGGGUUGUACUCAUCCUUCUUCUUCCUCCAAACACGGCGAGUGGAGUUUAGACAAAAAAGCUAUAUUUUUGUCUCAUCAGACCACAUGACCUUCUCCCAUUCCUCCUCUGGAUCAUCCAGAUGGUCAUUGGCAAACGUCAGACGGGCCUGGACAUGCGCUGGCUUGAGCAGGGGGACCUUGCGUGCGCUGCAGGAUUUUAAUCCAUGACAGCGUAGUGUGUUACUAAUGGUUUUCUUUGAGACUGUGGUCCCAGCUCUCUUCAGGUCAUUGACCAGGUCCUGCCGUGUAGUUCUGGGCUGAUCCCUCACCUUCCUCAUGAUCAUUGAUGCCCCACGAGGUGAGAUCUUGCAUGGAGCCCCAGACCGAGGGUGAUUGACCGUCAUCUUGAACUUCUUCCAUUUUCUAUUAAUUGCGCCAACAGUUGUUGCCUUCUCACCAAGCUGCUUGCCUAUUGUCCUGUAGCCCAUCCCAGCCUUGUGCGGGUCUACAAUUUUAUCCCUGAUGUCCUUACACAGCUCUUGGCCAUUGUGGAGAGGUUGGAGUCUGUUUGAUUGAGUGUGUGGACAGGUGUCUUUUAUACAGGUAACGAGUUCAAACAGGUGCAGUUAAUACAGGUAAUGAGUGGAGAACAGGAGGGCUUCUUAAAGAAAAACUAACAGGUCUGUAAGAGCCGGAAUUCUUACUCUUUGGUAGGUGAACAAAUACUUAUGUCAUGCAAUAAAAUGUAAAUUCAUUACUUAAAAAUCAUACAAUGUGAUUUUCUGGAUUUUUGUUUUAGAUUCUGUCUCUCACAGUUGAAGUGUACCUAUGAUAAAAGUUACAGACCUCUACAUGCUUUGUAAGUAGGAAAACCUGCAAAAUCGGCAGUGUAUCAAAUACUUGUUCUCCCCACUGUAUAUAUAUACACACACACACUACUAGUCAAAGGUUUGGACACACCUACUCAUUCAAGGAUUUUCUUUAUAAAAAAAAAAAAAUUACAUUGUAGAAUAAUAGUGAAGACAUCAGAACUAUGAAAUAACAGAUAUGGAAUCAUGAAGUAACCAGAAAAGUGUUAAACAAAUGAAAAUAUAUUUUAUAUUUCGAUUCUUCUAAUAGCCACCCUUUGCCUUGAUGACAGCUUUGCACACUCUUGGCAUUCUCUCAACCAGAUUCUUGAGGUAGUCACCUGGAAUGCAUUUCAAUUAACAGGUGUGCCUUCUUAAAAGUUAAUUUGUGGAAUUUCUUUCCUUCUUAUUGAGUUUGAGCCAAUCAGUUAUUUUGUGACAAGGUAGUGGGGUAUACAGAAGAUAGCCCUAUUUGGUAAAAGACCAAGUCCAUAUUAUGGCAAGAACAGCUCAAAUAAGCAAAGAGAAACGACAGUCCAUCAUUACUUUAAGACAUGAAGGUCAGUCAAUACGGAACAUUUCAAGAACUUUGAAAGUUUCUUCAAGUGCAGUCGCAAAAACCAUCAAGCGCUAUGAUGAAACUGACUUCAUGUCUUCAUGAGGACUGCCACAGGAAUGGAAGACCAAGAGUUACCUCUUCUGCAGGAUGGUUCGUUAGAGUUACCAGCCUCAGAAAUUGCAGCCCAAAUAAAUGCUUCACAGAGUUCAAGUAACAGACACAUCUCAACAUCAACUGUUCAGAGGGGACUGUGAAUCAGGCCUUCAUGGUCGAAUUGCUGCAAAGAAACCACUACUAAAGGACACCAAUAAGAAGAAGAGACUCGCUUGGGCCAAGAAACACGAGCAAUGGAUAUUAGUCCUUUGGUCUGGAGUCCAAAUUUGAGAAUUUUGGUUCAAACCGCCAUGUCUUUGUGAGACGCGGUGUGGGUGAACGGAUUAUCUCCGCAUGUGUAGUUCCCACCGUAAAACAUGGAGGAGGAGGUGUUAUGGUGUGGGGGUGCUUUGCUGGUGACACUGUCUGGGAUUUAUUUCGAAUUCAAGGCACACUUAACCAGCAUGGCUACCACAGCAUUCUGUAGCGAUACGCCAUUCCAUCUGGUUUGGGCUUAGUGGGACUAUCAUUUGUUUUUCAACAGGACAAUGACCCAACACAGUGCUGGGAUGAGUCGGACGGCAGAGUGAAGGAAAAGCAGCCAACAAGUGCUCAGCAUAUGUGGGAACUCCUUCAAGACUGUUGGAAAAGCAUUCCAGGUGAAGCUGGUUGAGAAAAUGGCAAGAGUGUGCAAAGCUGUCAUCAAGGCAUAGGGUGGCUAUUUGAAGAAUAUAAAAUAUAAAAUAUAUUUUGAUUUGUUUAACACUUUUUUGGUUACUACAUGAUUCCAUAUAUGUGUUAUUUCAUAGUUUUGAUGUGUUCACUAUUAUUCUACAAUGUAUAAAAUAGUACAAAUAAAGAAAAACCCUUGAAUGAGUAGGUGUGUCCAAAACAUUUUGACUGGUACUUUAUAUACACACACACACACACGCACAGUAGUCAAAGUAUUACACAAAAAACAUGAUUUUCUUCCAACACUCUCAGCUCUGCCCCUGGUGAUGGAGAGGGAAGCAGCCCCUUGUAUAUAACCAGGUCCUCUACCACCCUGUGUGCUACUGUUAAAGGUAACUCAGAAACAAGUACACACUUGAGGUCAACAAUAUCAGAAUUAUGGCUUAAUGCUUUACUCUAGUCUAGAUCCCAAGUACAGUAAUUGGAAGUUUCAAAAUGUCUUACUGUGGAUCUGCCUUUUCCCUCCCCACCUCAUAGUGGACGUGUUCCUGGUAGUUUCUCCAGCGGUGGCGUCAUGCUGCUACAGCCAGGUUCUGUCUGUGUGUGAGGGCAGAGGGUUUAGUCUGAGGGGGGUCCAGAGGCUGCAGCUCCCCACCAAACGAACCCAGGCGCUAGGACUCACCAGUCAGCAGGUAACGACCCCACCUCCACCACACUGUCUCCAGAUCAGACACACCACACUGAAUUGACAGCAGAGCACCUGAGAGGAACUGGCGAGUUCAAUGUUGACUUUGCCCUGUCUUAAAGCUAGUCUUUCUGUUUGACAAGGUGUCAGUGUUCUGCAGUCCGCCCACUGUUACUGUGGAUGAGGAGAAGGUUGAGCUGUCCCCCCACUGCCUGGUCUUACGUUUGAGGAGAGAGAGUGGCCUGCGUCACUGUGCCAGCCUGCCUGCAGGUACAGCACUUAACCCUGUAAUACCUAAUAUUGCUCUGUUUCUAUCACCUCAAAAGUACACUGAGUGUACAAAACAUUAGGAACAACUUCCUAAUAUUGAGUUGCAACCCUUUUGCCCUCAGAACAGCCUCAAUUUGUCGGGGCAUGGACUACAAGGUGUUGAAAGCGUUCCAGAGUAUGCUGGCCCAUGUUUACGCCAAUGCUUCCCACAGUUGUGUCAAGUUGGCUGGAUGUCGUUUGGGUGGUGGACCAUUUUUGAUACACACGGGAAACUGUUGAGCGUGAAAAACCCACCAGCGUUGCAGUUCUUGACACACUCAAGCCUGGCACCUACUACCAUACCCCGUUCAAAGGCACUUACAUAUUUUGUCUUGCCCAUUCACCCUCUGAAUGGCACACAUACACAAUCCAUGUCUCAAGGCUUAAAAAUCCUUCUUUAACCUGUCUCCUCCCCUUCAUCUACACUGAUUGAAGUAGAUUUAACAGGUGACAUCAAUAAGGGAUCAUAGCUUUCACCUGGAUUCACCUGGUCAGUCUAUGUCAUGGGAAAGUGCAGGUGUUCCUAAUGUUUUGUAUACUCAGUGUAUAAAGAACAUGUCUUCCCAUUUGAAGCCGGGAGGCAUUGUAGAGGCAUUUGAGCUUGUGACAUCAAUGUUCAGUAUAUUGACACUGAUUCCUCUUUUUGUCAGCCCUUGUGAAAGAGUUGGAGGAGCAGAGGUUGUUGGGAUGUAUCCACAUUAGACUGUCAGAUGAAGGAAAGCUGGACCCGAGCAGCUGCUUUCACAUGUUGCCCUACAGUGAGAGCCUGCUCCAUAGCAUUGGUAAGGGAAGAGUUAACACAGUCUGUCAAUGAUGACCCCUCUUUGGCUUCCUGGUCUGAUUGAGUUGCUGUUUACGCUUGGUUCUCAGGUGGGCGUAUGUGGGCGGUACCAGACCCCUGCAGUGUGGUGCUGUCCAAAUACAGGUGUCCAUCCAACCCAGAGCUGGAGCAGGGGGUGGUUCUUACCCUAGCUGGCAGGGACAUUGGUCAGGGCUUGAACCCUGCUACACAGGCUCCUGACAGGGGACACAACAGGUACUUUACUUACAUUAACCAUUCCCACAACACAGUCCAUGUAAUGAAAUAUUUGAAAUAUAUUUAAAAUGCUUAAUAUUAUUAAUAAUACCAAUAUUGUACUUGCAAUUCAGCUGUAGCACUGAACUCCUCACCUACCUAACCUUGCCCUAUGUUUCUAUCCUUUCUACCCUGUUUCUCCAUCAGGCGAAGUUUGGGAGGAUGGAUUCGAGCUGCUGGCCCUGAAAUGGCUGCCCACAUUGUCCCGGGAGCAGGCGCGGGAGGUGAGCCCCUAUGAGGUAGGUGACCGGCUGUGGCAGAGCAGCCUGGUGGGUCUGGCCUCCUCCCCUGCCCUGGUGUGUGCCCUGAGUAGGGUGGACGCCUUCGCCACCCUACGGCGGCUCCUGCCACGGGACUACACCGGGAACCUGAACAUACUGAUGUCUCCCACUCCUGAACUGGCCUUCAGACAAGCAUCCCUCUUCUUCUCCCACGGAGAGAUGAUCCCAGGUAAAAACUACAGUCAGUGCAAGCUAUGUACUAUUUCUCUACUACCCUAUAUCUGGGGUAAUUAUGUCAAGGAUAGCUGGAUCUAUGUGGAUUUUCUCUCAUCUUCAGAUCAGUGUGCGCCCAUUACUGAAGUUCCUACCCCCACCUUGCAUCAAUGUAGCUGGUAUGUAUCACUGGGUCACAUUCAAACAACUGCCUCUCACCCACCUCCAUUCUGACUUGUGUUUAAUGUUCCUUACAGGUUCCCAGUGUGAGUCAUUGUUGAACUGCAUGGUGCAGGGUGAGUUUGGAAACAGGUUUAUUUGUAUGAACUUUGAACUUUAAAUAACAUGAUGUAAUGUAGGACGUUUUAUUAAACAUUGGUUACUUGCAAAGUCGAUUACUUCAACAAUGGUACAAAAGAAAAUAUGUAAGCACCCUAUUUGCCAGUCUUGUCUGUUUCCAUCAGGCCCCCAGCCGCUGGUCACACUGUCUGUUCAAGCCUGGAGUGUGGAGCCAUGCUCUGGGGAAAAUCCUCAGCAAAGUCCAGCGGAGUGGUUUCACUGUAGUGGGCCUGCGUGUGCUGGUUCUGGACACAAACACAGCUGUGUCUCUGGUGUCUGCUGCAGAGCAUCAGGCAACUCACUUACUCCUACCUAUCUAAACCAGGCCAGUGGACAGAUUGUUACAUUGUUUUAAAUGCAUUGGUUCAGCUCAUUUUUCCUGUUGUGUUUUCCUCUAGGAUCCCUCUGCUGUAGAAGCCCAUGUCCAGUACAUGAGCUCUGGGCCUUCCCUGGCUCUGUGCCUGCAGAGGGAGAACGCUGUGAAGAGGCUACUGGAUGUGCUGGGGCCUGAGGACCCUGCCCAGGCCCGCGCUCUGGACCAAUUCCUCUGGAGGGCCUGUUACAGCUCGAACCAGCUACACAGUGGCAUCUAUGGUCAGUGCCCCUCGCCCCCGCACGAUACUGGGCCACCUUCCAGGCCCUGCCAGACAACAUAGAUCAAUCAGUUACAGAGUGGUUGAGACUGGCUUUGGAAUAAGGUUUUAAAAUAAAAAAAUAAUGUUAGUAGCUCAUAAUGAAUUAUAUAAUACUAUGUUGUAGGAUCGAGGAGCUAUCAGAGAGCUGUUCAGGAUGUGAAGAGGCUGUUCCCUGAGGGCCUAUGCUGCACAGAGACCAUCACCAUGAGACAGGAGCAGGUACAUCACACAGUGCUACAUUAGACAUGAUUUACUAUUCCUAGACGUAUAGCCGUCUCAUAGGCCCUGUGUUUAAUAAGCAACACAUUUUGUCUGUUGUGUCACUCACUGUUCUGUAUCACAGAUACCCAGUGUACACUCAGACCCUUUGGCUUGUCUGGCCCGUGAACAGAGCCACAGUCUUGCUGCUGUGAACAAGCCAUCUUUAUCACGCCUUAUGGCAUCUGGACUGAAUGGAGGUGAGGUCUAGUUUUGAAUGUUUUAGCCUCGCUGAAUCUUUGUUGUUAAAUUGCUUAUUUACUACAUUUAUGUGGAUACAAAACAGGUCCCUUAAUCAUUGACUUUUUAUUGGGACGUUGCCUAUGAUUGGUCUGGGGCAACUGUUGUUGUGUUUAGUUGAUGUGGUAUCAACAGCAAUUGAACUUUGUAAACGUGGCUGUUUGUAUGUGGGUGGCAGCAGGGCCCUUGGUCCGCAGCGCUCUCUGCCAAACCACCUGCCUGCUGCUGCCCUCCAGUGUGCUGCGUCUGGGCCCAGCCCCCCUCCACCUGGACCUGCUUGAGCAGUUGCUGGGGAGAGGCUGCCACCUGGUGGCCGGGAGGAUGAGUGUCCUGGACGAGACCCAGAGAUGUCACAUCGCUGAGACACUGAUGCGACCCUCUGAGAGGGAUGGGAAGGUGAGGAGUGGAGGUCUGCUAUGUAGAGGGAGUUUGAUAGUUACUCAAUAGCAGCAUGCAGUGGUCACUCACUGUAACUAGUGGUGUAAAGUACUUAAGUAGUUUUUUGGGUUAUCUGUACUUUACUAUUUAUGUUUGACUACUUUUACUUCACUACAUUCCUAAAGAAAAUAAUGUACUUUUUACUCCAUACAUUUUCCCUGACAUUCAAAAGUACUCGUUACAUUUCGAAUGCUUAGCAGGACAAUAAAAUGGUCCAAUUCACAAACUUAUCAAGAGAACAUCCCUGGUCAUCCCUACUACUGGCAGACUCACUAAACACACAUGCUUUGUUUGUAAAAGAUGUCUGAGUGUUGGAGUGUGCCACUGGCUCUCCAUAAAUAAAUAAAACAAUAAAAUCGUGCUGUCUGGUUUGCUUAAUAUAAGGAAUGUGAAAUGAUUUAUACUUUUGAUACUUAAGUAUAUUUUGGCAAUUACAUUUACUUUUGAUACUUAAGUAUAUUUCAAACCAAAUACUUUUACUCAAGUAAUAUUUUACUGGGUGACUUUCACUUGAGUCAUUUUCUAUUAAGGUAUCUUUACUUUUACUCAAGUAUGACAAUUAGGUACAAUUUUCCACCACUGACUAACACUGCCUGUGGCCUUGACCAUCUCCUCUCUAGAUUACUGCUCUACCCGAGGGCCCUUGUCUUAUCGUUGUUCUACAGAAAGAUAACGUUGUGACCUGCUUUGACUCCAUGCUUGAAAGGUAAGGAAACAGGCUACUCAAACAUGUACCGGAUAGUGUUUUGCAUUUUCUUUUUGCAUCAUAAUGGAAUGCAUAGAUAAAUAUGCUAUGAUUUAUUUCUUUUGCACUAUAGUAUUUACAGAGAGAGGUCUAACAUUGCCAAAGUGGGGAAAAUGCUGAUUUAUCCCAGCACUGAAAAAAAAGUAAGCUUGUUCUGACUGCGGAAACAUUGUUUGUGUUGUAGUACCAAAUAAUGGCAAAACGGUCCCUUAGGUUUAGUUAACAGGAUCAAGUGACCUCGAUAAAACAGAUUAUGUGAGUGAAUGUCUAUGAAGAAAGCACCAUUGAUAACAAGCACCUCUGAGAAUGUCUCUUCUGUUUUGGCUCUAGGCAGUGCAGCUGCUGUGCUAUCUAUUUGAUGUCCUGUCUCCUGAUAGUCAUCAUGUCAUUGUACCACAGCAAUCUGAGGGAACCCAAAUGCUAUAG